UUAAAUUUGUAAGUGAAUCUAAACGGUUCAUUCAGUGUAGGCUGUACUGUGCAAGUCUUGUGUCUAGAGAUUAAAAAUGGGUAAAAAGAAAGGAGCGGGAAAUAAACUGGCAAAAAUGUCAGAGGAGGAGCGUUUACGAUAUCUGCAGCAUAGAGCUGAAAUCGAAGAGGAAGCCAGACGACGGAAACAGCAACUGAUAUCGAUUUUCAUGAAGAAUAAAUUGAAACGAGAGGAGGCAUUUUCACGGUUAAAUUUGGCAAAAAUCAACCAAGAAUGGCGAUCGAUUCUACGGAAUAUAAAAUGCAAUGAAUUGAAGACGGAAAUCAAAAGUGUUGAAGAGUAUUUUGACGAUGCGUUGACGCGAAAGAAUGAUAUUAUCCAGCGGCUUCUCAAUGAUCUGGAUGAAAACGAAGAGAUGUACUCAACAAUGCUCCAUGCCCAUAUUGAAAAUAUAGAAAGAUUGAUUGCACUCCACACCGACCGUAUAACCUUUCUAAAGACUAGCUAUUUGGACGAAAAAAAGUCGAUGCUCAAUCAAUAUCACAAAGAAAUUCAGACGUACAAAGAGCGGAAAAUUAAAGCACACGUUGAGCUGGAAUGUGUAUUUUAUGGAUUGGAAAGCAUUGCAGACAAUGACCGGGACAAGGUUCAUCAUCGUCACUUGAAAAAAGUCGAUGAUGUAAAAAGUGGUUUGAUAUUGAAACUGCAAACAAUUACCAAUGACCGUGAACAACAAAUGGAAAAAUUGUGGAAAGAAUUUCAAGAUAUUCUGAACGAAUAUUUGCAUGAAACCGAAGAAUACCACAACGAGUACAUUGAAUUGAGACAACGUGACGACGAGGACACAAAGGUCAUUCGAUUACACUAUAACGAGGUGGCUCGAGCAACCGAACAAAUUGGUUUUCUCAAAUUGGACUUGGAAAAUUUGCGCGAAGAGCAGAGUCUGCACAUUGAGGAGCUGGUGAAGUACAAGAAGUUGCUGCACGAAAAGCAGAGAAAAAUAAAGUCGGAAAUGGACGAAGGUUUGCUGAAAGACAAGAAUAAUUUGAGGCAUAUGGUUGUUUGUAGUCAUAACUCUGCAGCGAAACUGAAGGACACUCUGAAGAGAGGAGAAAACAUUUUACAAAUUGCGGCGAUUUGUAAGAAACUAGAAACCGAACGUGAACAAGUAUUUCCGUUUGGUAGAAAGAAAACCCUUUUUGGCAAUCAAGAAAAUGACUUAAAGAAACCGCCAGAGGAGUUCAAAGAAAAAACGAUGUUCAUUGUUUCGAAUUUAGAGAACUUUUGGCUCCGCUAUAACAACGCCCGUAUCGAUUGUGCAUGCUUAAGCGAAGAAAAAAUGGCCCUCAAAGAAGAAAAUCGUGAGCUGAAGGAAAAAUUGAAAGCUUAUUUAACAACUGUAACAAUUGCCAAUGGCGGCGGCAAUGCAAAAGAUAAAUUGAGACCGAGCAGUAUGAAAGUUGAACGCGUCGGUCAUAUUGAAGUUAACAACGGAACAACUGGCAGAGGAUUGAAUAAAGAUCGUCGUCGACCAGUUACCUGUUUCAGUAUAGUUCAGGAGGGUAAUUUGAGCGUUGCCGUUCGGAGCAAAAACUUAACAUCCGGUAAAUUUAGAAAAGAACCGGAAAUUUAUUCGAUUGUUCAUGGGAAUGGGAGCAAGAAAAUCGUUUCGCAGUGAAUUUAUAGGAAAA